AUGGCAGCUAUUUGGGAGACAGAGAUGAGGGGAGGUCUGUGGUUCAAGGUCAACAAGGUCAAGCUGGUUGCCAAGAGCCCAGCAGAUGCUGGGAGACGGGAGAGGUGGCUGAUUUCUCCUCAGACAUAUAAUUGCAAAGGAAAUAAACAGGACAGUGUGUUCACCAAGGAGGGGAUGACGCAGGAGCUAAAGAACGAACUCAGGGAGGUGAGGGAAGAACUCAAAGAAAAAAUGGAGGAGAUUAAACAGAUUAAGGAUAUAAUGGACAAGGAUUUUGAUAAACUUCAAGAAUUCGUGGAAAUUAUGAGGGAAAUGCAAAAGGAUAUGGAUGAAAAGAUGGAUGUCUUAAUAAACAUACAGAACAACAAGCUACCCCUCCAAAGACGAGCCAAGGAACACCAAGAACUAACGGGAAACAUCGACAUAGACUCUCAGCACAGGCACAGGAAGAUGGAAGAAAGAGCCCCACUGAGCUUUUACAAGAUGAUGGCCUCCCAAAAAUCUAAGAAGGACCCACUGGAGUCUCUGCACCAGUGCAGGAGCUGCUGUGAGAAAUGUUUGUUGUGUGCUCUAAAGACCAACUACAAUCAGGGCAGGAAACUUUCACACCCGGUCUGGGCGCCCUUUUCUCCCUUGGCAUCUGGAGCUGCCUUCUGA